UUCCCUUUCUGCGAAAUCAAAAUUUCAUCCCCAAAUCCCACUCUCCGAAGAUUUAAUUCCAGAGAGGUCACGUGCUAUCACAUCCAACUCGCCGAGGAAGAAUCAGAGAGAGUAGGAGCGAAAGUCACGUGCCUAAAAAUGGCGGCCUCAUCGCCGGCCGUAACAAAAAGCAUCAGCGAAACAACCGCCAUUUCUACCGAGUCGACGCCGAAAGCUACAGCUGCUGCGGCGGUGCCUCUUCCUCCUCCGCCGUUUCAGCGUAUGGAUACUCCGCCUAAGACACAGCGGGGUCUUAAUAAGCCCAAAUGUAUUCAGUGUGGCAAUGUUGCCCGCUCCAGGUGUCCGUUUCGUUCAUGCAAGAGUUGUUGCUCAAAAGCACAAAAUCCAUGCCAUAUACAUGUUCUAAAGUCAAAUUCAGCUUUUCCAGAGAAGACACAGACUUCAAGCACUCCAUCACCAGACCAGAAGUCAACUCAGGCUUCUUCUCAAGUGACUUCCUUAAGGGUUCCCUCUUAUCGUCAACUUUCCAAUGCUUUUGCACAGUUUGACAAUCUGCAGGUUCGCACAAAGAAACACGUGACCAGAAAGGAUGCUAUUGCCUUGAAUGAGUGGAGGUUUUCCAAGUUAAAGGAAUUCAAGGACAGAAAUAUUGAAAUCGAAAACAAUGCUUUUGACCGGUACAUGCAGAAUAUUAGUUUACUUGAGGAAGUCUUUUCUACAGAAGGGUCUGAACCUAGCUCCACUUCACAGGAAGGUGAGACUUCGGUGGUGACUUCAGGCAUGAAGUUGACACUAAGAUCGAAUCCUGUGAGAACUAACAAUGUCAGAAAGAGGAUACAGCAAAUUGUUGAUCAGGGAAUAAAAAAGCUUCAGAAAAGUGAACCUAAUGAUGGUUCUACUGAUCCAGACGACCAAAAUAAACUCGAUAAUAUGUUGAACAAGGAAAAAUCCUUGUGGGUUGAGAGGUCUUCAAUGUUAAGCGAUAUUGUCGACACUUGAACAAAGCUCGAAAUGAAGAGGAUAUAAAAUCUUGUCUAGAGAUGAAAGCGCAACUUUACAAUCAAAGCACAAUGUCUACUCCAAUAGAAAUUAAAGAUCUUGAAGCAUUGAAUGAGCAGGGUCCAAAGAACAAUGCAACUCCAGGACAGGUAGUUAAUUAUCCAAGGCGAAAAUUGAUUACACCGAUUGAAAUUGAUGAAGAAGCUCUCAACAAAGUUGAUGCACAUUUCUCUUCCCUGGAGCAGAUUGAAGACUUGUAACUGUAAGCAGUAUUAUUCUCUCAAAGACAGAUUAGUCUUAGGUUUACCCGUUGAGUUAUGAUUCAUGGUGAUGGUCUGAAUUUUCCUCCCAUCUUUAGGCUUAGUAACAAUGACUUAAAUUUAGCUUAGUUAUUUCAGAUAACCAUUCUAGAAAGUGACAUUUAGUAGGUCUAGAGUAUUAAUUCCAUCGUCUAUAAUUUUUUUUCUUUUAUUCUCAAAAUUUCCACCCCUCUUAGGCUUAGUAAUAGUGGUGUAAACUAGCUCUGUUGGCUCAUGUCACCAUUGUAAAAAUUGGCAUUUAGUCAAUCUGGCCAAGUUAGUUAGUUCAUGUAGUCACUUCAGAAGAUUGCAUUCGUAUAUGCGGAGUUUGAAUUUCGACAUAUAUAGUUAAGGGGGAAAGAAACAGAUUGUGGAUUGCGACUUCUUCCGUAUACGAGAACGUGGGUCGAGUUUAUUGUUGUAAUUUUAGGCACUCUUCGCGUAGCAAGCAAGCUUAGUGUUGUUGAUAUUGGAUUUAUUUUUAUGUGAUCAAUGUGAAUGUAACAUAGAAGUUUAUUUUA